AUGUGCAACCUGUUCGAUGAGAAAUACGAAAAGUGCAAGGACAAAGCCUCAGGCGAGAGCCACGAGAAAUCGAACAGCCACGAGGUGCCAUCAGAGCCCGGAUCAGAUAUGUGCGAGUUCGUCAUCAAGUACAUGGCCAUUUGCCACGGAGUGUGGGGAACGGGCGCGUGGAGCGAGUACUGGGUCAGCUGGUCGAGCGGCUGGGAGGUUGCCUCAUCGCAAGGGACUUCAAAGGAACAAUGGGUGCAAGAGCAGAUGCUCUGUGACAACGCGAUUCAAAUGAUCUGCGAAUGGGAAGGUCCAUGGGCCACCGAGGAACCCUCGACCGUGGCUCCA